AUGGCGAAUUCAUUGGUGAAGACUUCAACACGAGUUCCAAAAAUGGUUGUUUUUGAUUUAGAUUAUACAUUGUGGCCAUUUUGGGUUGACACUCAUGUGAAUCCCCCUUUUCAUAAAAGUGGAGAUGGUAAAGUGGUUGAUUCCAGAGGUUGUGUAGUUAAAUAUUAUCCAGAUACGCCAAAAGUCUUGAAAUAUCUUCAGGACAAAAAUAUUGGCAUAAGUGUAGCUUCAAGAACUGGAGAAACUGAUGGAGCUGAGCAACUCAUACAAUUAUUUGGUUGGAAUAAAUAUUUUGAAAACAAACAAAUUUAUCCUGGUAGCAAAGACACACAUAUAAAUAAGAUAAGCAAAAAAUGUAAUAUCAAACUGGACGAAAUGAUUUUUUUUGAUGAUGAACAACGGAACAUUGUUGAUUUAGAACGUUUAGGAGUAGUAUCGAUAUUAGUAAAAAAUGGGAUGACAAUGCCAGUUUUAAUUAAUGGUUUGAAAACAUUUUCGGAUAUAAGAUCAAAUGUGUGA